AUGUCCCAGGAACAUACACUACCAGUGACUGUCUCUUCUGUCACCAGUCAGAAAUCCCUCAAGACUGUUUCUCCUCCAGCCCAUAUCCAGCAGGAGCAAGUAAAACAGCCAGCUCCACUAUCUGCCCCAUGCCAGAAGAUGCCCUCCGAGCUGCCAGUGCAGGGCCUCUCAGAACUCCAGGAGAAACACACAACCCCUGGAAAGGGACAGCUGGAACAAAAGUGUGUGCAAGAGCAGCAGACCGUGGAGCCUCAGGAGGGGCAUCUGAGACAGCAACAGCAGGAAUUGCAGGAUCAGAAGUUGCACCAGGGGCGGCAGCAGCAGCAGCCUCAGGAACAGAUGCUGCAAUUGUGUCCAAAACAGCAGCAGCAGCAGCAGGAACCUCAGGAGCAGAAGCUGUACCUGAAUCCCCAGCAGCAGCAGGAACCUCAGGAGCAGAAGCUGCAUCUGGGUCAGCAGCAGCAGCAGCAAGAGCCUCAGGAGCAGAAGCUGCACCUGGGUCAGCAGGAGCAUCAGGAGCCACAGGAAUUGCACCUGGGCAAGAAGCAGGAACAAGAACCACAGAAACAGGGACCAAAGCUGGGGCAAGUGCAACAGCAAGAUCCACAGAAGUUGGAGCUGCACCAGGUACAGCAGCAGCAUCAGAACCCACAGGAGCAGGAACUUUACCUGGGCAGGAAGGAACAGCAGGAGCCACAGGAACAGGAACGAAACCAGGAACAGCAGCAGGACCUGCCUUCCAACCAGCAGCUGCAACAGAAGCCUCCAGAGCAAAAACUCCAUCUGGGACAGGAGCAGGAGCCACAGGAGAAGGACCUGCACCUGGGUAAGAAGCAUCCACAGGAGCCGCAGGGACAGGAACCGAAGCUAGGGCAGCCACACCUCAGACAACAGCAGCCACAGAAGCUGCAGGAGCCAGAACUGCAUCUGGGCAAGAAGCAGGAGCGAGAGCCACAGGAAGAAGAAGCUGCAUCUGGGCAAGAAGCAGCAGCAGGAAUCACCACAAGAGGAAAUGAACGUGGACAAGAAGCAGCAGCACAAGUCACAGGAGCAGGAACUGAACCUGGGACAUCACCAGCCACAUCCUCCACAGCUGAAGACCAUCAGGAAGCAGAAAGCCAAGAUCAGCAACGUAAGGGAAAGAAAGCACAAAAGGAGCCCCGGGAAGAGACGCGACGGCUCUUAGACCCACAACUGGAUCAUGAGUUAGAAAAGAGAGAUGAGAAACAGGGAGAGAUGAAGGAGCCAUUGCUGGAGCAACAGGAACAGCAGGAGAAGCAGCUGGAGCAAUCAGUGCCUGCCCCCAUCCCUGGCCAGGUUCAAGAGGCCCAGACAGUCCAACUACUGAAGGGAGAAAGUUUGCUCCCCACGGGGGAACAGGAGCAGAAGCGGGACAUUCAGUGA